AUGCAUUGUCUGAAAGCAUCGUCACCGGGUGUUCUACACCUCGGAAUCGCGCUGUUAGCAGUCGGUGCCAAUGCCACGCCCCUGACGAAGCGCACUGUCCAAGAUUGGAAUGAGAUUACGCCCUCCUCCGACCUCAAGUGGACGCCAUGUUUCGACGAAUUUCUCUGCACGAAGCUCCAGGUCCCUCUGGACUACGAUAACUCGGAUAAUACGGACACUGCGUCGCUGGCAUUCAUCAAGCUCCCUGCUGAGCAGAACCCCGAUUCUGCGCAGAGCCUGGUGUUGAACAACGGUGGGCCCGGCGCAUCAGGAAUCAGUUUCUUACUCUCGUAUACCUCCAACCUUCGGCAGGCAUUCGGAUCCCAAUAUAACCUUGUCUCGUUUGACCCUCGCGGUGUUAACAACAGCGACCUUGUCGUCAACUGUUUCCGCGAUGAUACCGCAGCCCGACAGAACUUCACUACUGGCUUCUACGGCGAAGUUGCAAACGCAUCCCCCUCGUCACUCGCAACACAUCUGUCAGCUGUUCAGCUGUACGGAAAAUGGUGCAGCGAGACUCUAAAAGAAAACGAGUCCGCGAAAUAUAUCAGUACCCCGGCAGUCGCGCAGGAUCUCUUGACAUUUGCGAAAGCGGAAGCCAAAGCAGCUGGAAAGAGUGACUCAGACGCCAAGCUAUGGUUUUAUGCGAUGAGUUACGGAACUGUUAUCGGAUCGACCUUCGCGUCGCUAUUCCCGGACCACGUGGGUCGAUUGAUUCUGGAUGGUGUUAUGGAUGGCGAGGAUUACUACAACGGCGAAUGGAGAUCGCAUUCCAAAGACUCAGAUGCAGCCAUUCUCACCUUUCCCGAGUUCUGUCACCAGGCCGGAGCAGAAAAGUGUGCUUUCUGGGGCCCAUCUGAAAAGAACAUCACAGAUCGUAUGGAUGGUCUCCUCGCAAAUCUCAAGUCGAAACCACCCAUCGGGGAUAAAUCCACAGCCACAUACUCUGACCUCAUCUACUCUCUGACUAUAUCCUCCUAUGGGCCGUUGAAGAUGUUUCCCAUGCUUGCGCAAGGCAUGGCAGCAUUGGAAAAGGGCGAUGGCUCCGCAAUCGCGUCGAUGGGCAGCUGGCUGGCCGCCCAGUCAUCUAACGACGCUCGCGCGCUCAUCUCUUGUGUCGAUACCUAUGGACUCGCUUCCCUGACCGAUCUGCAGUCUCUGACUGAUUAUGUGUCAUAUCUCACGGGAAUGAGCAAGUAUAUCGGUCCGGCUAUGGCGGAAAUCGCACCUCGAGCCUUGUGCAGUGAUUUAAAGCUGGAUCUUCUCGCCGGGCCGAGUUUCAAGGGAUCUUUACCGCCAUCUAGCAGCAAUACUGCAUUCCCGAUCAUGUUCGCAAGUAACACCAUUGAUCCCGUGGCUCCGUUAGCAGGUGCAAAGAAGAUGUCUCAGGCUUUCGCUAACUCCAUACUUUUGACUCAGAACAAUGUCGGACACACGGCCAUUACCGCGGCUUCUAACUGCUACCUCGAAAAGAUUAAGGAGUAUCUGGGAGGAACAGUUCCCGACAAGGACGUGGCGUGUGAUUGGGAGCGGAUACCGUUCAAAGAUGAGAUCUUCAUCUCUCCUAUGUGA